AUGACAAUCAGUGCUGAAAGUGCGGAAAAGUUCUACGCAGCGGCAUACGGAUUAUCGCCACACGUAUUCGUCUCGGUGCUAGUGACAAAUUCCUUACACGCUCUGCCCAAUUUUCUGGGAUACCUGGAAGGUCUGGACUAUCCUAAGGACAGGAUAUCGCUAUGGUUCCGUACAGACCAUAAUGUGGAUGGAACAGCGUUCGCCCUCAAGCACUGGUGUAGGAGAGUGAGAGAGCUGUACAAGUCGGUGGAUUGCCAUGCCUCAUACACCUGGACUUACCCCACCAGAGACCCCUACUCCACAUCAGUCCAUCGCUACAAGAACAAGGCUCGACUUAGACAGCAGGCUCUGGAGGCUGCACUGACAGCCGGGGCAGACUAUCUUUUAUCAUUGGAUGUGGAUUGCUUCCUUCUCAAUCCAAAGACUCUUCACACACUUAUGGCACAAGAAAAGACUAUUGUUGCUCCCAUGCUGGAUCCUCCCAAAUCUUCAACUGGUUCGAACUUUUGGAUGGCCAUGGAUGAAAUGGGUCAGUAUGCGACUGAUGACCUAUACAUGGGUAUUGUUCAGAGAAAGAGAGUUGGCUGUUUCCAGUGUCCUCUGGUGUAUGGAGCUGUCCUGGUCCACCUGGCCUCUCCAUACGCUGAGAACCUUGUCUACCACCCCCCGCACCCCAGGUUCAUAGGACGUGUGGAUGAUGUCACACAGUUUGCCUUCUCUGCCCAGAACGAAGGUGUGGGAAUGUACAUUCUCAACACUGAGUUCUUUGGAUUCAUAAUGCCAAACAAGAAGUAUACAAACAUCAAUAAAGCAUCGGAAGACUUUUUCCAGUUCAAGAUCAACACCCUUGCCACCCAUCCUCCUCUGAUCUACUCAAAGUAUGCCAAGAGACAGCGACCUAUAUUAAGAAAUGCUGCUCUGGGACUUGAUGCAAUUUAUGUGGUGAAUCUAGCUCGACGACCAGAACGGAGGGCAAGAAUGACAACCCUACUGGACGAAAUGGGAUACAACUACACCAUUUUCAAUGCCAUUGAUGGAAGGAAUCUCAAUGAUAGCUAUCUGGAAGAUGAGCUAGGGAUAAGGUAUCUGGAUAUAGAGUUGGAUGAGUUUGAAGCCAACAACAAAAAGAUGCGCAAGGGGCAGGUUGGAUGCUUCCUCAGCCACUACACCAUCUGGAAGAAGAUGCUUGAAGAGAAGCAGGAGACUAUUUUGGUGAUGGAAGAUGAUGUGAAGUUCAAAACAUUCUUCAGCAGAGGACUGUCAGAAAUAAUCAUGGAUGCCAAGAGAAAUGUUCCUGACUGGGACCACAUUUACCUUGGACGCGUCAAAGUGGACCGAAGAGCCAUUGAGCCUCAUGUCCCUGGGACACAAUGGCUGGUGAAACCUGCCCACUCCUUCCUCAUGCUGUGCUACCUCCUGAGCAGAAGAGGCGCAGAGAAACUGAUUGCUGCAGAUCCUCUCAGCAAACUGCUGCCAACUGAUGAAUUUAUAAGUCUCAUGCGUGGAACCCCAGCAAAGAGAGGAAAGAAGUGGGCAUUGCACUAUCCGCUGAGAAAUCUGAACAGCUACUCAGCUCACCCAACUCUGGUUAGCCCCACUCACUUCUAUGGACAUAAAGAUCACGUCACUGAUACCGCACCACCAGAGGAAAUGGGCAAGCUAUUGGAAAAGCACAAAAAGAGCAAAGAGAUCAAAAUCGAUGACGGAGUGAGAGAGGGUAUCAAACAGAAAGCUCUUCAGAGGCAGAUUCAAAAAUUCAAGAACAUGGCGGUCAGAGAUGAACUGUAG